AUGGAGGUAAAACUGCCGCCCAGUUGCCCCCAGCCCGACUCCGGCUGCCACCGCCAGGGGGAGGAGGGCCAUGAUCCAAAGGAACCAGAACAGUUGAGAAAACUGUUUAUUGGUGGUUUGAGCUUUGAAACUACAGAUGAUGGUUUAAGAGAACAUUUUGAAAAAUGGGGCACACUCACAGAUUGUGUGGUGAUGAGAGACCCCCAAACAAAACGUUCCAGAGGCUUUGGUUUUGUGACUUACUCUUGUGUUGAGGAGGUGGACGCAGCAAUGUGUGCUCGAGCACACAAGGUUGAUGGGCGUGUAGUGGAACCAAAGAGAACUGUUUCUAGAGAGGAUUCUGUAAAGCCUGGUGCCCAUCUAACAGUGAAGACAAUUUUUGUUGGUGGUAUUAAAGAAGAUACAGAAGAAUAUAAUUUGAGAGACUACUUUGAAAAGUAUGGCAAGAUUGAAACCAUAGAAGACAGGCAGAGUGGAAAAAAGAGAGGAUUUGCUUUUGUAACUGUCGGUGAUCAUGAUACAGUUGAUAAAAUUGUUGUUCAGAAAUACCACACUAUUAAUGGGCAUAAUUGUGAAGUGAAAAAGGCCCUUUCUAAACAAGAGAUGCAGUCUGCUGGAUCACAAAGAGGUCAUGGAGGUGGAUCUGGCAACUUUAUGGGCCAUGGAGGGAACUUUGGAGGUGGUGGGGGGAGCUUUGGCCAUGGUGGAAACUUUGGUGGAAGAGGAGGCUAUGGUGGAGGUGGCAGCAGAGGUAGUUAUGGAGGAGGUGAUGGUGGCAACUAUGGAGGUGGUCCUGGUUAUAGUAGUAGAGGGGGCUAUGGUGGUGGACCAGGAUAUGGAAACCAAGGUGGAGGAUAUGAUGGUUACAAUGAAGGAGGAAAUUUUGGCGGCGGUAACUAUGGUGGUGGUGGGAACUAUAAUGAUUUUGGAAAUUAUAGUGGACAACAGCAGUCAAAUUAUGGACCCAUGAAAGGGGGCAGUUUUGGUGGUGGAAGAAGCUCGGGCAGUCCCUUUGGUGGUGGUUAUGGAUCUGGUGGUGGAAGUGGUGGAUAUGGUAGCAGAAGGUUCUAAAAACUGAACAGAAAAUGGCUACAGUUCUUAGCAGGAGAGAGAGCGAGGAGUUGUCAGGAAAGCUGCAGGUUACUUUGAGACAGUCGUCCCAAAUGCAUUAGAGGAACUGUAAAAAUCUGCCACAGAAGGAACGAUGAUCCAUAGUCAGAAAAGUUACUGCAGCUAAA